AUGGUGAACAACGCAGGCAUCGUGGGCGCCAGUCUUGCAGACGUUUUGCCUAGUACGAACAAAUUCUGGUUCCAGGAACCCCACCUACUCAAGCUCAAUCUUAUUCUGCUUGUGCCUAUGUUGUCCUCCUCCGUCUUUGGAUAUGAUGCGUCCUUGAUGAAUGCGCUGCAAUCCCUCGAACAGUGGCGCGAAUACUUCGGCGAUCCAAAAGGGGCCCUGCUAGGAACUGUCAUUGCCUCCCAGUCCAUCGGAUGCCUCAUAGCCUUGCCAAUCGUCGGCGACUUCUGUGACCGCUUCGGCAGAAAGCCUGUUCUUCUAGUUGGCAUUCUCAUCAUCUGUGCAGCAGCAGCAAUCCAAGGCGCCGCUGUCAAUCUACCAAUGUUCAUAGUAUGUAGGUUGCUGGUUGGCUUUGGCGGGAUAUUCAGCUCGCAGCCUAGCCCAAUGCUGAUUGCUGAGCUUGCCUACCCGACGCAUCGAGGAAAGUAUACGUCAGCAUACUGGACUCUCUUCUGUCUAGGUUCAAUUCUGUCAUCUUGGACCACCUUUGGGACAAAAGACAUUCCCAGUGACUGGUCGUGGCGCAUUCCGAGCAUACUUCAAGCUGGAUAUCCCUUGAUUCAACUCCUCUUCAUUUGGUGGAUGCCAGAAUCGCCACGAUGGCUGGUUGCUAAGGACAGACAUCACGAGGCCGCUGCAAUCCUCCAAAGGUACCACGCUGGCAUAUGUGAUUCCGAUGCGGAGCUUUCUCCAUUGGUUGCGACAGAGCUAGCGGAGAUAAGUCAUGCGAUCAAGAUGCAACAGGAAGCCAACUUGGUUGGCUGGUCGGCCCUGAUCUCAACCCCAGGCAACAGGAAGCGAACUAUCAUUGCUAUUGCUGUGGGUGGUUUCGCGCAGUGGAACGGGGUGAGUGUCGUGUCAUACUUCCUCAACAGGCAAGUUGCCAAACAGCAAGGUCCACCUUGCCGAGAAACAUCAUCCCUAACCGGUAACAGCGUCUUGAACUCGGUCGGUGUCACGUCUGUCUACACGCAGACACUGAUCAACGGCCUACUUCAACUUUUCAACUUCUUCGCUGCGGCUUCUGCAGCCUUGCUUGUUGACCGACUGGGCCGCAGGACUUUAUUCCUGUGGAGUUCGGUGGGUAUGCUCGUUUCAUAUGUCAUUUGGACGGCGUGCUCUGCAGUAAAUGACGAGACCGGCUCUCAAGCUGCUGGUAUUGUUGUGAUUGUUUGCGUCUUCGCUGUGUUCUUUCACUACGAUAUCGCUUGGACGCCCUUGCUACUUGGGUACCCGACCGAGAUAUUCCCCUAUCAUCUCCGUUCCAAGGGACUAGCUGUCGAAAUGGUGUCUGUGUACAGUUGCCUGGUUAUUGCCGCAUUCUGUAAUCCCAUUGGUCUGGAGAACAUCGGGUGGAAGUAUUACAUCGUCUUCUGCUGCUUUCUCCUUUUCAUUACUUUCACGGUCUACUUCUAUUUUCCGGAGACAAAAGGGUACACUCUAGAGGAGAUUGCGGUCAUAUUCGACGGAGACGACGCGGACCUGACGGUGACGUGUGGCGACAAGCGAGGUGAUUUCUCUGCCGAGUCCCAACACGUGGAACAGGAAGGGAAUAAUAAGAAGAAGGAUAGGCGCGUCGAUGACGUGGAACUAUAG